AUGGACCGCACGACAAAUUUGGAAGAUAACCGCAAAGUUCUCGGAGAUGAACAUGGAUGGCGCCGAACAUUCCUAGAUACUACUCGUAAGUUUACCCUCCCUAGGGAUGAGAACCUCACUGCCAUAGAAGUUAACAUGAUAGAUGUUGUAACCGAAACCAUGAAAGCUUACUUCACAUCCAUGGAUGUUCACCUCGACGAUCUUGAAUUCGGAUCCCGAGCCCUAACCGACAAACCCGAAGCCCUGACGUUCCGUAGGUUCAAGACAAACAAGGGAAUGAUUGGGAUGUUAGGAAAGGAGGAAGAGUCAAGGAGGUACGAAAGCACAAGGGUUGUGUUGGGAAAGGAAGGUCACAAGAUUGUAGGCUUCUUUGGAAGAUCAUUCAAGCAUCUUGAACAGAUUGGCAUCUACGUCAAGGCAAUCAACUAG